AUACCCGCCAAACACCGACACCCCUCAACCACACCAUCACCAUGGGCGCGGGCAACUCAAAACCCGAGGGCCAGGUCCCCCAGCACAUCUUCAACGCCAACGCUCCCGUCCGCUUCUCCUCGGAGCUGGCCGACACGCUGCAGAACAGCCCCCAGUCGGACGCGACGCGCUCCAAGGCCGUCGAGCUGGAAGUCCAAACCCGCGUCGCCGCCGAGCUCGCCAAGCUGCGCGCCAACGAGUCGCAGCGCCUGCGCGAGCUCCAGGACCAGAUCGUCGCCGAGACGGACGCGCAGGUGUCCUCGUCGGCUUCCCUGACCGAGAAGCUGUCCGCCGCCCUGUCGAGCUCCGAGACCCUGGCCGAGAAGCAGCGCCAUGCCGACAUGUCGCGCGGCCUCGUCGAGCGCGAGAUUGCUGCCCUCAAGACGAAGCUGGAGGGCCGCAAGAAGAUCGACCAUCUUGACCCGGGCGUCGAGAAGGCCAAGGACGAGAUCGUCGCUUGCUUGAGGAUCAACGACCGGAGGCCGCUGGAUUGCUGGAGGGAGGUUGAGGCGUUCAGGAGGGAGGUUGGCAGGCUCGAGAAGGAGUUUGUCGAGAAGACGGUGCGGUAGACGGUGGUCCGGGGCAAUGAGCGUGUUGCCUGGGACGACGACGACGCAAAAAGACCCCGUAAUUGGGGAGGGGAGCGGGUCGUGUAGGUCAAGCCCGUGUAAACAUAUCCUAGACGCUGGAGCUUUGCUCUCUGCAAAUACUACCUUCCUAAGUCAUUCACGGCAGCCCUUGGCC